UCAGUGGGGUAGUGUUACUUGUAUUAAAAUAAGCCGAUUGUUUCAGUUCGGUCCAGUGCUUUCCUUCCGGUUACUAGUGCCAUGAGGUUCACAUGACGAGUGUGUAAAUAUUCAUCUCUUGUAUGAUUUCUUUUUCUAGGUGUAAACGGUGUGUCAUGUCUUCUGGAAGUGCGGAGUAACAAAGUGUUAGCCAUUAAUGCUAGCUUUAGCCACAGUAUUGUACUGUAACUAGUAAACAAGUCCAUCAGCGAGGCAGCGCGCGCAGGUCAAACUUCUUGCUGCUGUACAGGUGAACAUUUCAUCACUUCUGAAAAGCAAUGGCAUUCAGGAGAGACAGGAGUAUCCGAGACAUGUAUGAGCAGCGGUUCCAUCCAGACAGAGCUGCCCCUUACCCAAGAGGAGCUGGUGGGGAAAGGAGAGCUUUUGGACGUCCUGAUGAUGACUAUAUCCGAAACUUUGAGUAUGGCUCUCCUCGCUUUUACCCAAAUGGUGGUCCCAGAAACUACCACAAUGAAGAUAAGAAAGGCUACCAUAGUGACAGCCACUACUCUUUCUCUAAUGAACCCAGAGGAGGCCCAGCUAACCGAAGGGAUGACUACCCUUAUUACAGAGGACCCAAAGAUGAUUCUCAUUCUGGACGCCAGGUGGAUUUCAGGGAAGAGAGGGAAGGUCUGCGGCGCAAAGCACCCUUUCCUCCAGUCCACGAAUGCUCCCCUACUCGGCAGGAUGUGUCUCCUUCCCCACACAGCCGCUCCGGAUCUAGCAUUAGCAGUCGAAGCUACUCUCCAGACCGGGGCAAGAGCCACACAUACCAGCCUCCUCUGGGAAAAAACAGGGACAGAGCCACAGGGCCCUCUGUCAGUGUGUCCCGAGAUGGAUCGCCACAUAGUUCUGUGUCAGCCUCUAAAGAAGAAAUGCCAGUGAUGGAACGUCAAUCAGAUGAACCUCUGGCUCCUGCAGAUGAAGCCACUACCAUUGCAGAUGACUUCCAUGAACGGCGAUCUCAGGCUAUUGCAGCCAAAGCCCGAGAAAUAGAGAAGGUAUACCGACAAGACUGUGAGACGUUUGGGAUGGUGGUGAAGAUGCUUGUGGCCAAGGACCCUAAUCUAGAGAAGCACCUCCAGAAUCCUUUGAAAGAAAACCUUAGUGAGAUUCGUGAGCGAUGUCUUGAGGAUCUACGACACUUUAUCUCAGAACUAGAUGAAGUCGUUCGUCAACCAGAACCUUCUGUCUGAGGUACCAGCAUUGCAUCUGAGAGAAAACCUUCAUCAAUGUUCUGAGUGUACUUCAUACUUUCAAGAUGUGUAAUAUUUUGGAACAUUAUUUUUUUCAUCACAAAAAUGAAUUGAGUUAUUUUGUGUACUUCCCCCAAGCUAGUCAAUCUUAGAGAGUUAAGUGAUCAUCAUUACUCUCAAAUAAAAACUAUUUGUAUUGAUACAGUAUUAAUUCAUGAAACUGGAUUAUGUUUUCAACCUAAACUGCUUAACAUAAGGGUUUUGUUUGUUUUGUUUUUUUGUGUAUGUACUGUGUGUAAAUAUUGCCCAUGGAUUAGGAUAAUUUGGCAUUGGUCUUUUCAAAAUUUUAUUGGAAGUUGUUUUUGGAAGUUUCCAGUAUAUUGUUUAUCUGUGUAAAUCAAUAAAAAUAUCAUAGUCAAUCUUA